AUGCUUCGCGGAGGGCGCGGCCGGACAAGCGCUCCGUCCGUUCCUGGGCCAUCUCAGGGGCGUUCUGAAGCCGCCUGGGAUCAGCUUCGGCUGCGCGGCUUCAUCCGCAUGUCAGUGCGCAAGAUCGGUGGCAGAUCGGGGGAUCCAAGCCUCACAUCAGCUUCCUCUCCGCUCUCUUGCCCCUUCCUUUCGAGCAUCUCCAUAUCGUUCCUCUCGAAGUCGUCCUUUCAAAAUUUCGCGCGCCUCUGCCUCCAGCACUGCACGCCGGUGGCGGGUAACCUCCCGGCCAUCCUGGAGCGGUCCUUCUGCGCUGCCCGCCCGCACGGUCCAGUACCCAGCGAUGACCGCCCCGCUCACAUUCCAGGCACUGAGGCACUGUGA